AUGAACGAUUCCAACGACUACGAGCAAGAACGGCUCAAAAACAUCAAAGAAAAUGAACGACUCAUGAAAGAGCUUGGAGUCAUGGGAGGUUCUUCAGCCAUAGGAGGACGCUCCCCUAAACGCUCAACCCCAACCAAACCAAAGAAAGCAGCUGCACCCAGCAAGAAGGCCGAUAACACCCCUAUCCGCGUCUUACCCAAGCGAAGCAGCGCACGAUUAGCCGGCCACGAGGCAGAUUCAGAAACACUCAAGCGCAAGUACGAAGCGGAAGCGCAAGAAGCACGGAAAGUCGCUGAAGCUGCCAAGCGGGCAAGGCAUCAGCAGUUCGAUCUGUCCGGUAUGACAGGGGGAGAGUUGGAGGAAGAAGCGAUCAUGGCAUUGGAAGCAACACUACAUGGACUCGCAUCGAACGCUGUUUCAGCGGCAGAACUUGUUGAUAUCAAUGAUGAGAAGAGGAGGAGAGCAGGAAAGAAGCAAGAUCCGGAACGAUCAGUGGAACGACAAGAAUUAGAGGAUAUUCUCAAUCGAAUGACACUGAAGAGUGCAGCUAAAGUGACGCCUAAGAGGGUGUAUUCGAUCGCUUACCAUCCAGCUACGGAUAAGGAUUUGGUGUUUGUGGGUGACAAAGAAGGGUCGAUUGGUGUUUGGGAUGCUGCGCCCUCUUCCUCUUCUAGCAGAAAUGGCAGGAAUGGGGUGAAGAAGGAAGUCGACGAUGACGAAGAGGAAGCCGAAGAAGGAUCCUUCCCCCAAGGUACAGCCUGGACUUUACAGGUACACGGUCGUAGUCCAGUGACAUGCAUCAAGUUCGACCCUGUCAACCACAGCUCUGUUUUCUCAAGCUCAUACGAUUCCACCGUUCGCAAACUCGACUUGGCUACCGGUAAAUCCGACCAAGUCUGGGCGGGAGAACAAGAUGUUCUCCUAUCCAUCUUCGAUGUUCUCUCUCCCUCGACACAUCCUAGUGCAUAUAUCGACACUCCGAAUCCUUCACUCGAUCAACGCUCGAUGUGGAUUGCUGAUCAUCGCGGUGGUCUCUUGCACAUCGACUUGCGAGAGAAGACAAGAAGGGGCAACAACACAAGACGAUGGCAGAUAUGCGAGAAGAAAAUCGGUGCAAUGUCCGUCAACCGUCUUGCUCCACACUGCAUUGCUACUGCGUCUCUAGACCAACACGUUCGACUCUUCGACGUCCGAGCACUAGCAUCGGUGGUAAAAGAAACAGCCGAGGCGCCGUACAACUACAAAGGAGUCGACGCAGACGACCUCGAAGCAGCCCAAACAAAAGCACAAUUUGCAGCCAACAAAGCACGACAAGCUUGCACCUCUGUCGACUUCAGUCCACGUGGCGAUCAACUCGUUGGCGUGUCUUAUGACGAUGCGGUCAAAGUAUGGUCUAUGGACCCUAGCUGGCUUUACUCCGAGCAUGGACUCAAAUGUCAAUCUGCUACUACCACCACCACCAACGGCACUGCUAAGGGCGGAAAGAAGAAUGCAGCUGCAACAAUCCAAAAAGAAGAACCCGACACUCCAACAGGUGGCUUGUUCAACUGGCUCUCUCGAGCAAAACCGCUCAAAACAGAAGCCGAAGUUGAAAAAGCUAUCAAACAAGAACGAUGCACUCCAGCAACCAAAGUCGCAGAUCGACCCCAAGAUGUCUUGCACGAACCGCUACGGAUUCCGCAUAACAAUCAAACGGGCAAAUGGUUGACCAUGUUCCGUGCUAGAUGGAAUCAGAAUCCGUUGAUGGAACCGCAUUUCACGAUCGGAAGUAUGACAAGAAGGGCAGAGAUCUAUGCGAGCGAUGGCACACUGUUGAGGACGUUGUGGGAUGAGGAUUUGGUAACAGCUGUUCCGGCUGUCACUUGUAUGCAUCCUGUACUGCCAGCGAGGUUGGUGACGGGUAAUGCUUCGGGACGGUGCACUUUUUGGUCUCCUGAUGCUUAG